AUGUCCUGCUAUGACCAGUGCCAGCCCUGCCAGCCCUGCGGCCCGACCCCGCUGGCCAACAGCUGCAAUGAGCCCUGUGUCAGGCAGUGCCAGAACUCCACUGUCGUCAUCGAGCCCCCGGCUGUGGUGGUGACCCUGCCCGGCCCCAUCCUCAGCUCCUUCCCACAGAGCACCGUGGUGGGCUCGUCCACCUCCGCUGCUGUUGGCAGCAUCCUGAGCUGUGAUGGAGUGCCCAUCUCCUCCGGGGGCUUGGACCUCUCCUGCAUUACCAGCCGCUACUGUGGCAGCAGAUGCCCUCCCUGCUAA